UUUUUUUAAAUUAAUUAUGCCAAUGAAUCUGCAAAGAUUUGUUUCUUUACCCAACGCAUUUAAACCACUUAUUUUGUUACUCACACUCCUUGCCAUUUUACUUGUAGCAUCGGCGCCAAUGAAGGACACCCCUGGCGGAAUGUGGUUCUUUUGGCUUACUUCUAUUUUACAAUUGAUAUUUAUGACAAGUGUUUGUGUUCUUUUUCUUUACGAAGCCGAAUCCAUUCUUAGUUGCGGCCGUGAAAGUGGAUGGCCUGUUGUGGAAAUGUCUUAUUCUGGAGUUUGUACAUUUUCAAAUUUUAUUAACACAUUUAUUUUGGCUGGAGCUCAUAAACAUGAAAAAAAUGCAGCAAAUAGUUGUAUGGUUGCCGCGUUCACAACACUUUUUAUGUGUAUAUUAUUUGCUAUUGGAGGUUUAAUGAUGUUUCGUAUAUGGCGAGGUUUUGUAAAAUCUGGAGGAAAUCAAAAUCCAACCCCGAAUGUGCAAACUGGAAAUAUUGGAAGUAUGCACCCUGGAAUUUAAUUUAAAAGAUUUUUUGAGGAAAAUAUUGACAAAAAAUUGUUUUUUUUUCAUUUUGAAAUUUUUUAAACCAAAAAAUAUUUUAUAAUUAGUGUAUUUUAAAUAUGCUCCGGGAAAAUCCGCCAACAGCUUAGUAAAAUUUUUUCCUUCGAA